ACAUUUGUAUACACAUUCUUAUUAAUUCUGAGAAAAAGACUCCUGACUUGAAAGAGCUACUUCUAAGGUAUCUUAAAACUAAGAUUCUUCAAAGCAACUUGAAAGUCACAAAGCUAACAAGCAAGAAGUAACUUGGGUUUGCCUUAGAGGGUGCAGAAAUUACUUAGGCCUCUGAGCGUCGCUGCUGACCACCUUAGAAGUAAAAGCCUGCAAGACAAUCAGUCCAACAUUCGGGCUCCCACAACAAAAAGGGCUGGGCGUUUGGCCCCCAAGCUUCCGGACGGGAAAAAAAAAAAAAAAUCAGUCCAGCAGCUUAAAGUUCUCUCUACAGUGACCUGGGUCCUGUGAAUGCUGGUCCCCUCAGACCCUGAGAAAUAAAGACUGGAAUCUCGCACUGGAUGCUGGAAGUUGCCUGGGAGAGAAGAUUGCAGCAGAAGAAAUGGCGGCUCUGCAAAAGUUGCCACAACGCAGAAGGCUUAUCCGGCUCUGCUUUCUUUUGGUCGUCUUGUGGGAGGUCGGAGCUGGGCAGAUGCACUAUUCUGUGCCAGAAGAGAUUGACAAAGGCUCCUUCGUGGGUGACAUUGCCAAGGACCUGGGGCUGGAGCCCCCGGCACUGGCAGAGCAUGGAGUCCGCAUCAUCUCCAGAGGUAGGACGCAGCUUUUUGCUCUGAAUCUGAGAAGUGGCAGUUUGGUCACCGCGGGCAGGAUAGACCGGGAGGAGCUCUGUGCUCAGAGCGCGCGGUGUCUGGUGAAUUUUAACAUACUCCUGGAAGACAAAUUGAACAUUUAUUCAGUAGAGGUGGAAAUAACAGAUAUUAACGAUAAUGCCCCUCGCUUUGGAGUAGAGGAACUAGAGCUAAAAAUAAGUGAAAUGACUACGCCAGGAUUCCGAAUUCCCCUAAAGAGUGCUCAUGAUGUGGAUGUCGGAGAAAACACCCUUCAGAAGUACGAACUGAACCCAAAUGACCACUUCUCCCUGGAUGUGCGAAGUGGAGUGGAUGGGAACAAGCACCCUGAGCUGGUGUUGGAGCUCACCCUGGACCGCGAGGAAAAAGCCGUUCACUACCUCCUCCUUGUGGCUUUGGAUGGGGGCAGUCCGGUCCGAUCUGGCACCUCCCGCAUCUGUGUGACCGUCCUGGAUGUGAAUGACAAUGCCCCUAUAUUUACACAGCCCAAGUACCAUGUAAGUGUUCCUGAGAAUACGCCCGUAGGCACCCGGAUACUCACAGUGACCGCCACUGACACAGAUGAGGGAUACAAUGCCCAAGUGGCAUAUUUUCAAGAGAAAACCCUGGGAGAAACUCCAGAGGUAUUUGAGCUUGAGUCGACAUCUGGAGAUAUAACAAUCGCAAAGAGUCUAGAUUUUGAGGAUGCCAAAGUCCAUGAAAUUGAUAUUGAAGCUCAGGAUGGUCCGGGCCUUCUGACCAGGACAAAGGUUAUUGUGACAGUUCUGGAUGUGAAUGACAAUGCCCCAGAAUUUUACAUGACAUCUGCUACUAGCUCAGUUCCUGAAGACUCUCCCUCAGGAACCAUAAUUGCACUUUUCAAUGUACAUGACAGAGACUCUGAGCAGAACGCAUUUAUCACAUGUUCACUCCCUGAGAACCUUCCUUUCAAGUUAGAAAGAUCAGUGGACAAUUACCACCGACUGGUUACAACCAGAGCCCUUGACAGGGAACAGUUUUCCUUUUAUAACAUCACUGUGACUGCUAAAGAUGGAGGGAAACCAUCUCUAUCCACGGAUGCUUACAUUUUAUUGCAGGUGGCAGACAUCAAUGACAACCCACCCACCUUCCCCCACAUGUCCUACUCUGCCUACAUUCCUGAAAACAACCCCAGAGGUGCCUCCAUCAUUUCUGUGGCGGCCCAUGACCCUGACAGUGACGAUAAUGCCCAUGUAACUUACUCUUUGACUGAAGACACUCUUCAGGGUGCACCCCUGUCCUCUUAUAUCUCCAUCAACUCUGACACUGGCAUCGUGUAUGCAUUGCGCUCCUUUGACUAUGAGCAGUUCCAGGAUUUGCAGCUGUGGUUGACUGCGUGGGACAAUGGGAACCCGCCCCUCAGCAGCAACGUGUCAUUGAGCAUAUUCGUGCUGGACCAGAAUGACAACGCUCCCGAAAUCCUGUACCCCGCCCUCCCCACCGAUGGUUCCACUGGCGUGGAGCUGGCACCCCGCUCCGCAGAGCCCGGCUACCUG